AUGUUGGAGGAGGAGGAGGAGGACGGCGCCGUGCGGGACGGCGAGGGCCAUGCGUGGCCCGAAGGGCGGUGGGCGCCGCCGGAGAGCGGCGCGGCCGCCCGCUACGCGCCCACCGUGGCCCCCGUGGUGGCCCGUGUCUCCAAGGUGAACCUGCUGCCCUUCGCCGCCAGCCCCGGCGGCUCGCGCGGCGGCAGCCGCUGCUCGAGCACUGAGACGCUCAAGGAGGAAGAGCACGCGGGCGCCUGCUGGCCCGGCCGGCCCUUCCAGGUGGGCUACGGCGUCUACCGCUCGCCCAGUUUCGGGCCGAGCGACGGCCUCGCGCGGGGGCAGCCCCCAGGCCGCGCGCGCCCCAAGCUGCCCUUGGCCAUGGCCAAGGCCAACCAGGACUUUGCAAGCGAGACCCUGCAGGACUGCGGGCUCUCGGCGGGGGACAGAGCCACGCACCGCAAGUCCUUGUCCAACCCGGACAUUGCCACCGAGACGUUGACGCUCCUCAGCUUCCUCAAGUCGGACCUCUCGGAGCUGAAGGUGAAGAAGAAAGGGGUGAGGAUCGGGCUGCCGGAGGAGGUGGCGCUCGGUGGGAGCAGGUACGAGAGCUGCCCCGGCUCGGUCGGCCACCCCAUGGCAAGCCGGGGCCGCCCUGGGGCUCAGCCCGUGGGCCGGUGGGCGCCGGGCGAGCGGCCCACCCUCAAGGACCUCACGGCCACGUUGCGGCGCGCCAAGUCCUUCACGUGCUCCGAGAAGGYGGCGGGGACGCGGCGGCUCUUCCUGCAGAGCGCCAUGAAGCAGAGCUCCUCCGAGCUCCUCYUGGCCACCACGGGCAACCACGACGGGGCCAGCAACAGCGGCGGCCGGCGGAGGGACGACGACGUGCUGCCCGUGGUCAUCCAAGACCAGUACAUCCAGGAGGCCCGGCAGGUCUUCGAGAAGAUCAGCCGCAUGGGGCGGCAGCAGGAGGACUACGGUGUCACGGUGGGGGAGGAGGAUGGCGCAGGGAUGGAAGGCGCUGGGGACUUUGCGGAGCCCGUGGGAAACCUCYUGUUUGGGAAGCCCACGGAGGAGCUCUCACCACACGAGUGCAGCCUCACGGACGAGGGCAUCGUCACGGAGCCCGAGCCUGCCGCCGUGGUGGCCUACGGGGCCCUGCACCAGGCCUGGAAGGUGCCCACGGGUGCCGAGACGCCUCUCGCGGCAUCGGGGCGCCCCGGCCUGCAGGCUGCMCACGGUGACCUGCCCUCACCAUCGCCCCUGGAGGCGCCGGCCACCCCCAGCGCUGCGCGGCGCCGCCGCAAGUUCCCCUCGGUGGGUGCCGCGGGCUGCGAGUGCAGCGGCGGCGAGGCCAACGGCGACGCGUAUCGCUCGCUGAGCGACCCCAUGCCGCACCGGCGCCGCGCCGCGGCCGACGAGCCCGGCGCCGCGCCGGCGCCCCGCGCCAAGCCGCACGUGGAUAUGAGGAAGCACGUCAUCAUGACGCUGCUGGACACGGAGCAGUCCUACGUGGAGUCCUUGCGCACCUUGAUGCAGGGUUACAUGAAGCCCUUGAAGCAGCCCGAGAACUCGCUGCUCUGUGACCCCUCGUUGGUGGACGAGAUCUUCGACCAGAUCCCGGAGCUGCUGGAGCACCACGAGCAGUUCCUGGAGCAGAUCAACGACUGUGUGCAGAACUGGCACGAGAAGCAGAAAGUGGGCGACCUCCUCGUGCAGUCGUUCUCCAAGGACGUCCUGGUGAACAUCUACUCCGCCUACAUCGAUAACUUCCUCAAUGCCAAGGAUGCCGUGAGGAUCGCCAAGGAAGCCCGGCCGGCCUUCAUGAAGUUCCUGGAGCAAAGCAUGAGGGAGAACAAGGAGAAACAGGCCCUGUCCGACCUGAUGAUCAAGCCCGUGCAGAGGAUCCCGCGCUACGAGCUGCUGGUGAAGGACCUGUUGAAGCACACGCCAGAGGACCACCCCGACCACCCCUUCCUCAUUGAUGCCCAACGCAACAUCAAGCAGGUGGCCGAGAGGAUAAACAAGGGCAUGAAGAGCGCCGAGGAGGUGGAGAGGAACGCCCGGAUCGUGCAGGAGAUCGAGUCRCACAUCGAAGGCAUGGAGGAUCUCCAGGCCCCGCUCCGGAGGUUCCUGCGGCAGGAGAUGGUGGUGGAAGUGAAGGCGGUGGGCGGCAAGAAGGACCGCUCCUUCUUUCUCUUCUCGGACCUCCUGGUGUGCACCACGCUGAAGCGCAAGUCGGGCUCCCUGCGCCGCAGCUCCAUGAGCCUGUACACGGCGGCCAGCGUGAUAGACACGGCCAGCAAGUACAAGCUGCUCUGGAAGCUGCCCCUGGAGGACGUGGACAUCAUCAAAGGUGCCUCGCAAGCCACCAAUCGUGAGAGCGUCCAGAAGAGCAUCUGCCGCCUGGAUGAGGACCUCAGCACGCUGGGCCAAGUGAGCAAGCUCUCGGAGAGCCUCAGCUUCCCGCACCAGAGCCUGGAUGACGUCAUCAAGGACCUGAUGGCUGCCAUCCACCGGGAGCUGGCUGAGAAGCAGUCGCUGUCCUUCAGCAUGUCCUUCCCRCCCAACAAAGUUGAGCUCACCACCACCAAGGCCGACGGCACCGAGUCCUUCGUCUUUGAGUUCCCCAACCCCGAUGCCCGGCAAAGCUUCGAGCAGGCCUUCGAGGACGCCAAGAAGAAGUUGGCAUCCAGCAAGAACUGCCUGGACCCCGAGUUCCUCAAGGCCAUCCCCAUCAUGAAGACGCGGAGCGGGAUGCAGUUCUCCUGCGCAUCGCCGAGUGCGGGCAGCCCAGAGAGCGCGUGCGAGGUGUGGGUGUGCAACAGCGACGGCUACGUGGGGCAGGUGUGCCUGCUGAGCAUCCGCAAGGAGCCCACCGUGGAGGCCUGCAUCGCCGUCUGCUCCGCCAGGAUCCUCUGCAUCGCCUCCGUGCCCGGCCUCCAGCAGCCCUACAGGGAGCGUCCGGAGGCGCCCGCGAGCCCGGCGGUGGCGCCGGCGGGAGCGGCGCCGGAGGCGGCGGCGCCGCAGCCCGAGGACGCCGGGCCGCAGCAGUGCCUGCACAUCUCCAUCUCGGGCUCCUCGCUGGAGCUCUCCGAGCCCGUGGACAGCGGCAACCGGGAGCUGAUGCCCUUCGACAGCGACGACACGGACGACGAGUCCUCGCCGAGCCCCUCGGGCACCCUGCAGAGCCAGGCCAGCCACUCCACCAUCUCCUCCAGCUUCGGAAACGAGGAGCUGCCGAGCUGCAAGGAGGCUGCGGCAGAGGGCACGAGCUCGGAGGAGGAGCAGGAACCGGCGUUCCUGGCGCUGGCGGGUCCCUUCGGCGCCAGCGGCGGCCCCGGCGAGAGCCCCGUGGACGGCCGCGCCAUGCGGCGCUCCAGCCGCGGCUCCUUCACGCGGGGCAGCCUGGAGGAGCUGCUGAGCCUCGACCCCGAGGCCCACCAGAGCUCCAUGUGGCUGGGCACCGAGGACGGCWGCAUCCACGUGUACCAGUCCUCGGACAACAUCCGCAACAGGAAGAACAGCAUGAAGAUGCAGCACGCCGCCGCCGUCAUGUGCAUCCUGUACCUGGAUAACCAGGUCUUCGUGUCGUUGGCCAACGGGGAGCUCAUCGCCUACCAGCGGGAGGCAGGCCGCUUCUGGGACCCGCAGCACUCCAAGGCGCUGGCGCUGGGCUCCCCGGGGAGCCCCGUCACCAAGAUGGUCGCGGUGGCCGGCAAGCUGUGGUGCGGCUGCCAGAACCGCGUCAUCGUCCUCAACACGGCCACCCUGGCGCAAGAG